CAAAGCAAUAGCCUAAUUUUCAUAUAUGGCAGACACACAAACUAAUGAACAUGCCUUGUUUAUUUGGCCACGUACUGUUUUCAUUCAGAUAACCAAAUACUUUAAGAAAAGUUAAAAAGCGAACAUGAAGUCCAUGUCAGAAGAGCCAGUCCCAUUACAUGAAGAAUUUAUCUACUGUUGCGGAGCUGCUACCCAUGUCUUAAAGUGUGGGCCCUGGAAGGACCUCUCAAAAGAUGAAAGUAAAAAUCUACCCAGGCUCUUAUUCAUGAUUAUUCCUGGUAACCCUGGACUGGCAGGUUAUUACAGGACCUUUAUACAGGCCUUAUAUUGUGGACUAAAUCAGCAGUAUCCCGUUUGGGUUGUGAGCCAUGCUGGACAUUGUAAACCUCCUAGUGGCAUGGAAAUGACAGAAGACACAGAUAUAAAGGAGCUGGAGGAUGUUUUUGGACUUCACGGACAAGUAGAGCAUAAGCUGAACUUCCUCAAAAACAAUGUAUCAAAAGAUAUAAAGCUGAUACUGAUUGCUCAUUCUAUUGGUUGCUACAUUACACUGGAGAUGAUGAAGCGAGCAUCAGAACUUCAGGUUCUUCGCUCUGUGCUGCUGUUUCCAACAAUAGAGCGUAUGGCUCAGUCCCCUCAAGGAAAGCUCAUGACCCCUUUGCUGUGCAAACUUCGCUACAUUCUGUACAUGCCUGUCUACUUGCUGUCCUUCCUGCCAGAGGGAGCCAAAGCCUCCCUGGUGCGGUUUGCUCUGCGGGGAAUGAAGACCUGUGAUGAAUCUUCCAUAAUAACCUCCUUAAAUCUCUUCAGCGUGGACUGCAUUGCCAACAUCUUAUAUAUGGCAAGCCAAGAAAUGAUGAAGGUUGUGGAGAGAGACAGUACAACCAUAAAGCAAAACUUAAAAAAGCUGAUUUUCUACUAUGGAACUGGAGACAGCUGGUGUCCACAGCACUACUACGAUGAGAUCAAACUGGAUUUUCCAGACGGGGACAUUCGCCUUUGUGAGAAAGGGCUCCGCCACGCCUUUGUGCUAGAUGCCAGCAAGGAGAUGGCUGCCAUGAUUACAGACUGGAUACAGGAUGACCUGACCAAAUUAUAAACACAGAUUCAGUGAUUAACAAGAAACUGGUGUUAUUA